AUGGCGCGCCAUGGGUGCGCCUUGCUGCCGCUGGCUUUGCUUGGCGUCCUGGCGCAGGACGACCAGGACUUCAGAGCUUCUGUAAGGCUUUCAUCUCCGCACUGUUCGAACGUGGGAAUUUCUUUCCACGAUGCCCUCCACGACUGGCGGGCCUUUGCAAAAAGUUCGCUCCAGUGCCAGAGGUCCUGCGCUGAAUCCCCGUCCUGCAAGUUCUUCAACUUCUACCCAGACUCCGGGGAUUGCUUCUUGAGCGCAAAGGAAGGCAAGCUACGCAAGGAGAGGGCGGUAAGUGGACCGAAGGAGUGCCCUGCCCGGCUGGGCUCAGAGCCUGCCAACGGCACCGAGCCGCUGCUUUUCAUACUAGGGGCUGCGGACUUCAACGGGCCAGGUGAGCUGUUCGAGGAUGCCAUGCAGGCUGCGCAGUUUGCAGCGCGGCGGGCAGCAAAGAAUACGACCAGCAUGCAGGCAGGAUUUGCGGCAGCUGGAGUGGCGCGCAGCCUAGCGAAGACCGCCUCCAUGGGCCCCGUGCAGCAGGAGAUCGCCGGCGCCGCCGCCGCUGCUGCGGAGGCGGCGGCCGCAGCCCGCGGGCGUGGGCAGGACCUGCGGUCCCAGGCACUGGCAGCUUCCACGGCGGCACAGGGCGUGGUGAACCUGCCAGAGCACCAGAAGGCAGCGCUGCAGUGUUUGGGCGCCGCCUUCGCGGCCGCGGAGGAAGCUGGGGCUUCGAAGCAGGCGGUGCAGGAGGCCGCGGCGGGUGCUGCCUACCAGGCGGUGUCAGCCACGGGCUGGAACCACACCCAGCGCCAGGAGGUGCUCUCGCAGGUGGCUGGCCUUUCAGCGGCCCUUCACGCCAAGGCGCAAGGCUUGGACCUGCAGAAGCAGCGUGAUGCGGCACGGAACGUGCUGGCAGCAGGCGCGGCGCCAAAGCGGCUGGCGAAGGAGAUCGACACCGCCAUGGCGACAGAGCUGAAGGUCCGCAAUAUCGUCAGCAAAGACCCAGCAGCAGCGAAUUUGGUGUGGGUCGGCGACGGCUUCAUGAAGGCCUUCGAGGCGGCCCGGGUGCGGCAGCCCUCACAGGCGGCACUGCAGGCCGCCGCCUUCAGAGGGGAGUAUGCUCUUUCCAAGCUGCCAGGCCAUCCUUUGCUGGUAGAGUGUCAGCCCUUGCUCUGCCAAGCGGCCAUGCCGCCAAAGAAGCUUAAGAAGCUGGGGCUGAAGAAGAAGAGGGCGAAGCAGAUCACAAAAGAGCCAGAGGAGGCAGCUGACGACCCGACCCGUGAGCAGGCCCCAAAACCAAGCGAGCCGGUGCCGGAGCCCGAGCCGGAAGCCGAGGAUGCGCCCAAGGUGGACAGGAAGGGAGUAAUCCACCUGGCGUCGAUCCCGCUGUGCAUGGGCAUCCAGAAGCUCCGCCACAUCAUGGAGCAGUUCGGCGAGGUGGGCCGGGUGUACCUGGCGCCUGAGGACAAGGUCCGCCAUCAGAACCGCAAGCGUUCCGGCGGCAGCCGGAAAGUGCGCUUUACCGAAGGAUGGGUCGAGUUUGCUGAUCGUCGAGUGGCGCGGCGUGUGGCGGAGAGCUUGAAUGGCAGCACGAUUGGUGGGAAGAAGCGGCACAACUUCUUCCGCGACGACAUGUGGAACAUGCGCUACCUGCCCGGCUUCAAGUGGCACAUGCUGAAAGAAGGGACGAUCUACAACCAGCAAGUUCGCAAAGCCCGCUUGCAACAGCGCAUGAGCCAGGCAACGCGGGAGAAUAGCUUCUACCUCGAAAGUGUCGAGAAGGCGAAGACCCGCGAGAAGAUCGCGGAGCGCCGGGCGGCCCGCGGCAAAAACGGCGACGAAGGAGCGCCGCCACCGCCCCCGCGGAUGGCGCUGCCCCGGCGAGAGGCGAAGAGCGGGGCACCGAGCGCGACGCGCUCAGCGGGCCCCGGCGCAAUUUCUGACCGCGUGCUCAGCAAGCUGCUGUGA